CUCACAUCUUUUAUGAGAUCUUUCUGGCCUUUCAACAGUUCUUUAAGCAGUUCUUCGACGUGAUUCGGCCCAGGGUUACACUCCACGUCACCGGACAGCAUUAACAGCAUUUGAACGCAUAUCAUAGCAUUUUCAACACAGGCCGUUGGGCACGGCAGUACAAUAAUGAAUCGAUUGUCACUUCGGAAGCACUUUCCGUGCUUACUAACCUGUAAAAAAAAGUUGCGCAUAUCAGGCUUCAUUCCGCUUGUCCUGCCGUGCCCACGGGUGAGUUCGUCGCUGACUGAGCUUAUAAGGGCUGCGCGCUCCGUUGUCACUGCUGUGGAUCCUCGUCCGUGCGCAUGCGUUGAGCCACCCCAGGCAGCAGCGGGCCACGCAGGCUUCAUUCCGCUUGUCCUGCCGUGCCCACGGGUGAGUUCGUCGCUGACUGAGCUUAUAAGGGCUGCGCGCUCCGUUGUCACUGCUGUGGAUCCUCGUCCGUGCGCAUGCGUUGAGCCACCCCAGGCAGCAGCGGGCCACGCAGCGGCCGCCAUGUACGGCAUGCUUCUGGAGAGCGUGCAGCACUACGUGCGGCUGCAGUUCGGUGAGCCGCUGUGGGAGGCGGCGCUUGCGGAGCUGGGCCAGCACAAUUUUUCCACACACCUGGUGUACCCAGACGACUCCAUGACAAGGCUGGCCGACGCCUGUGCAAAGCGAGUUCCCGGAUGGAGCCGCGACACAUUCCUCUUCUUCUUCGGGCGAUGCUUUGUGCGCUUCUUCAGCCACUACGGCUACGACAAGUUGAUCCGGGCCUCUGGGCGUCACCUGCGAGACUUUCUUGGUGGCAUAGACAACCUGCACCACCAGAUCCGCUUCAGCUACCCGCGCAUGCGCAGCCCCUCGCUGCAGCUGCUGCAGGAGCACCGCGGCGGCGCGCUCCUCCUGUACCGCUCGUGCCGUCGAGACCUCCACUUCUACCUGGUCGGCCAGCUGGUGCAGGUGGCCAGCACCUUCUACGGCAUGCGCCUUCAGGUGCGCGUGCUGAGCCAGCGCAGUACACCGGACGGUGCCCAGGCGCUGCUGCGACUGAGCUUCGACAACGCCGCCUUCACGCUGAACGAGCAGCGGCGGCGGCGCGCACAGGAGGGCAUCUCGCUGCCCGACGUAUCCUGGGGAUCGCUGCUGCGGCUCUUCCCGUUCGGCAUGCUUGUGGACCGCUGCAUGCGGCUCCUGUGGCUAGGACACCGCCUGCGCAUGGUGUUCGAUCAGGGCGGGGAGACCGGAGCCUGCCCCGGUAGACCCGUGCACGACCUUAUGCGCCUGCACAGGCCCAUGGUGGCCUUCACGUGGGAAAACUUGCUUACCAAUCAGCAAGUCGUGGUGGAGCUGGAGUGCAUUUUCCCUGAACAGUCGACCCUGCCUUCACGUCGUUUGCUGCUCAAAGGAGAGAUGCGCUACCUGCACGAGUCGGACGUCAUACUAUUCCUUGGGGUGCCACUACUGAGUGGCCUGGACGAGCUGCAGAUGGCGGGCCUCUACCUCGAGGACCUGUGCAUCCACGACAUGACGCGCGACAUUGUGCUGGCUGAGUGGCAACACGGCGCCAACCUCGAAGUCUCCUACAGAGAGCAAGAGAGCAAGAGCCGGACACUGGAGGAGAACCUGGUGCGGCUGGACGCAUGGCGCCAGAGGGGCGACGAGUUGCUGUACUCGAUGAUACCAAAGUCUGUGGCCGACAGGCUCCGCCGCGGGGCCCAUCCCGUCGACACGUGCGAGGUAUGCACCCUGGAUAAAUCAGUUGGAAGUGCCGCCAAUGUCUUCGACAUUGUGUUUUCAUCUUUUUACACGUUCGACAGCGUGACGGUGCUGUUCAGCGAGCUGGUCAACUUUCCUAUGGCGUGCCGGCACCUGAGUCCCAUGCAAGUCGUCAGCUGGGUGAACGCAACAUUUUCUCUCUUCGACUUGAUCACGGAUCGCUACCACGUCUUCAAGGUGGAAACUGUUGGCCAAGUUUACAUGCUCGUGAGCGGUGCGCCUGAACGACGAGAAGACCAUGCCGAACAGGUCUGCGCAGCGGCGCUGGAGAUGCUGUUCUCGUUCCAGGGAAAGCGACAACCCUUUGACGAGCAAGGCACCUUCCUGAGGCUUGGUAAGACGCACGCGCCUCUUUUUUUGUGCGCCUUAGCCCGGAGCCAAUGAGAGAAGGCUGGAAUGCGCAACAAGAACGACAACAGCAAAACAAAUCAGUUAGAAACCACACAGGUGCAAUAAAAUAUCUGUUUUUCAUUAAAGGAAACAAGCAAAAAA